UAAGAUGACAGUGCUUCCUGUAUUUUUGGCAACAAAAAUGUGUUUUUUGUUCCUCUAAAACUAUCAACUUAUGGCUUUGAUCGCGAUCGAGUUUAUUCAGAAACAUGUGUGAUAGAAUGUCUUACAUUGGUGCUAAAAUUGUUUCAUGACUUAGCUCCGAUUUGUGUCCGUAAAGGAGCAUUUUAGAUGGGGUCUGCCAACUCCAUAAAUUCCACUGUGAAAGCAAAUGACAGUUUUCAAAAUGACAGCAGUCUCAACUCUACCUCCCCAAAUGGGGAGCUUCAUUGUGCUACUGGAGAUUUGUUAGGUCCUCUUGGACUCUUUGUGCAAGGACUACUCGCUUUUGUAGCUUUUUGCUCACUUAUUGUUAAACGGUUUUGUGAACCGAAGCCCUCAAGACGCCCAUGGAGGAUAUGGUUUUAUGACACAUCCAAGCAGGCCCUCGGGGCAGCUGUGAUACAUUUCGCCAAUGUUUUCCUUGCCGAUGUAUUCCAGGGAGACCCAUGCACAUGGUAUGUUGUGAGUUUCCUACUGGACUCGACCAUCGGCCUCCUUGUGAUUUAUAUCGGGCUGAAAAUCGCUCAGCUCGUCGUCCUCAAGAAAGGCUAUGAUACGCUCAGGUUUGGAGAAUAUGGUUCUCCACCACAGUGUAAUGCCUGGAUAGGACAGUGUGCUCUAUACAUUCUCGUCAUGAUCAUCGAGAAAAUCCUCAUGACUUGUCUGGUGCAGUUCAACUUUUGGAAAGAGGUCCGUAAUUUUAUGAUGUCGCCAAUCAAAGACCCUCACCUGGAGCUCAUCAUUGUCAUGUUCAUAGUGCCUCUUAUCGUGAAUGCCAUAAUAUUCUGGGUGGUAGAUAACUUCCUCAUGCGUAAGGGCCGUGGUGUGACGCGGUCGAUGAGCAACGGCGACUCAAUACGCUACCACAAGGCUGCUGAUAAAGUCAAAUACUAUCCAAGAUCUGGCAGUGCUGAGGCGGAUGAUUCCGAUUCAGACGUUUUGUUAUCACUAGAUGAGGACCAAGGAGCGAAUUCGUCGGACCGGUAUCACCUAUUGGCGAAUUCUUCAGCGGUGUCAUAACACCGGGUGUUCGGCGUAGGACCUUUGGAAAUUGAUCAAUCAGAUUUCAUAAAGCGACCAAGAAAAGUUACAUGUUUCAUUGCAAGCCUCUACGAAAUGUACAUUUCCAUUUGACCUACUCUGCACGCUGGAAAGUUCAUGGUUUGGGUUCUAGGCUAAGUUGACGCCAGCGUUGGGGACAAAAGGUUUUGAACAACCAAGUCCUGAUAUCAACAAGAGUAGAGGUCAUCAUUUCACAAAGCCCAGUCUCUCCUGACACCUUUCAAUAGACCUCAGAUAAGCUGCCUAAUCAGUGGUCUAACCUGAACAUUUCUUACCGGUAUUCAUUUAUGCACAUCAGUGGAGUUUGUUAAGUUUGACAAAAAGACCUUGAAUCUCAUUCCUACUGUGGGGGUUGUACCAGGGAUCUCCUGAUCACUAACUUAGAAACACAAGUCACUAGACCACUGCAGUUAGGAACCAUCAGUACUGUCCCACAGUUAUAGACUAUUAUGACCUCAUAUCCAGGGAGCUGUUGUUAUGUGUGGUACCUAUUGUUAGGUAACAUAGUUUGCACCUGCAGGCAAGGUUAUGCACCUGCUUACAAGGUUAUGCAAGAACAAUGUGGACCCCUAGUUGGUCACGGUGUUCAUAGUGUGUCAGCUGUACUAUUAAAUAACGCCAGAUUCUACACUAUUAUUGGCUCAUUUUUAGGCAAAAUCAUGGUUGGGCUUCUAAUGGUGAUGCAGAAUUUCGUUUUCUCACCCAAAUUGGUGCUGUGAGCUUGAGACUGAUGGCCAUCAAAUGGCAAUAUAUAUCCCUGUAUGCAACACUGAAGGUCACAUUGUAAUUUGUUUUUCAGUUUUGUUUUCCAUAUAUUUAUCAUUAAAAAAGUAGAUAAAUCUUCUAACAUUUAGAUAGGAAGUGUGGAUCAAUUUAUCUAACACAAUAACCGAAAUUAUCCGUGAUGUAAAUUCUAUAGGGUUUGCCUUACAUCUUACUCGAUAUCCCAGAUCACCAAAAUUUUUAUGGAACAUGGCUGGGCUUUUAUCACAUGAUUUUGGGCACACCCUGUAUUCAAAAAUGUCGGCUCUUCUAAACAUGAAUGGGACAUUGUGGCACAGGCUUUUUCACCAAAAUAUGGGACACAUAAUGUUAUUGUCCAGUUUAUUAGAGUCCAGUUAAUUAUAAUCUGAGUGGUGUUGUCUGUUAUUCUGAGGAUACUCUCCGUCAGACACGCACAGUAAACCUAUACAAUCUUGCCAAAACAGUUCAGUAAUUUCAAAACCAUAUCAGUAGGAUAUUUUCAGUCCUCAUGCAGAGUGCAUGUAAAUUUGAAGGCCGACUCAGUUUGUUCAAAAUUUGAAAUUAGGAAUUGAAUUUGAGAUUUAUCGAUGAUGUGAGUACACAUUGAAUAUCAAUUUUAACAUUGCUGCUCUUGGUCAAUCUUCAUGACAUUAACAUGUCUACUGACUGAACAGCGGCAAUGUUUAUUUCUUUUUACUUAUGGGGCAGACAAACACCAUGUAUAAAUGAAUAGUGUACCGUAGUUCUUUAACCCUUCAACUACCAAGUGCUUCGCUAAAUAUUGAAAAAAUUCAUAAGCAAAACCAUGAUUAAGGAAACUCGCUUUUGCACAGUUUGAAAGUACUAGUAUAUUAUGUAAGAUUUGCGUGAAUUUAUUUGCCGAUUAAGAUUGUUUCUUUAAUGUACGUGUAUUGAAUUAAGUUAUCUUGUGUACAUUGUAUUGUGUUGGAAGCUUGAGAAAGUACCUUUAUCAGCGGCUGAAAUAUCUCACAGAAUCAACUGCAUUUAGCUCAGACAUUGAAAUUUCGUUUUAACAUGACAAGUCUGAAUAAGAAUCAGACUGUCUUCCUUACAUUGGCUGCAAUGAAAGAUGUGGAAUGAAAGGUAGAUUGGUGUUAUAGAUUUGGACUGAUUUUUGAACCUGGAAUAACUCAUUUGACUCAUUUUUGGUUCUGCGACUUAGUCAAAAUACUCAAGAAAUUGAAAAUAAAUGCAGCUGGCCCAUGGUUUUUGUGUUCGCCUCUUUUCAGAGCGGCACACCGAGUGAUGAAGUGGCCAAAUUCUGUGAUGUUAUGGGGUGAGCCUCUGUUGAAAACAACGUCAUUCUCCAUGAUCUGUGGUGUGACGUUGUUUACAAUACAGACUGGCC